AUGAAGGGCUUCCUAUCUUCGCUCCUGUUGGGAGUGGCUGCCACGCAAGUUGCUGCCGCUCCAGCCGAUGAUGUGUGGUCUGCCGACAUGCUCGAUGAAGCCGGCAAGGCACACUGGGCGGAUAUCAAGGCGGCGCUCCCAGACGCCAAAAUGGCGGACUUCUUCGUCAAACCCCAAGAACAUUUCCGCCGCCCCGAUAGCGAGUGGAACCACAUUGUGCGCGGAUCUGAGAUGGACGCUGCUUUCGCUGGCAGAAACGGCGCUGAGAAUCUCAAUGACUAUUCGCUCCGUGUGAAAGUUGUUGACCCCAAAAAGCUUGGUGUUGACCCAAAUGUCAAACAAUACAGUGGUUAUCUAGAUGAUAAUGGCAGUGGAAAACAUUUGUUCUUCUGGUUUUUUGAAUCUCGAAACGACCCGAAGAAUGACCCUGUUGUGAUUUGGCUCAACGGUGGCCCUGGAUGCUCCUCCAUGACCGGCCUCUUUAUGGAACUUGGACCCUCGCGCGUGGACAAAAAUAUUAAGCUCGUAUACAACCCACACGCCUGGAACAGCAACGCCUCCGUCAUCUUCCUUGAUCAACCAGUCAACACUGGUUUCUCGUACAGCACUUCUUCUGUUAGUAACACUGCUGCUGCCUCGAAGGACGUUUAUGCCUUCCUGAAGAUGUUCUUCCAGCAAUUCCCCGAGUACUCCAAGCUGCCCUUCCACAUUGCUGGCGAAUCCUAUGCUGGCCACUACAUCCCACAGUUCGGUGCAGAUAUCCUUGCUCAGGGUGGCAUCAACCUCAAGAGUCUUCUCAUUGGCAACGGCCUUACAGACGCCAAAACUCAAUACGCUGGUUAUCAGCCCAUGGGCUGCGGUCAAGGAGGUUACAAGGCUGUCCUUAGCCAGAGCACCUGUAACCAGAUGCAACAGGCUCUCCCUGGAUGCCAACGCGCUGUUCAGGCUUGCUACGACAAGCAGGACACCAGCAGCUGCGUCAACUCAGCCAACACCUGCAACGGGGCCUUCCUCAGUCCAUACCCUCGGGGCCGAAAUAUUUAUGAUGUCCGUAGCCCUUGCGAAGACCAGGCCAAUCUCUGCUACUCUAUUGUAGGCUGGAUCAGCCGCUGGCUCAACCAGAAGGAUGUUCUUGAGGGUAUCGGUGCCGAAGUCCGCUCCUUCAGGUCCUGCAAUACUGCUGUCAACAGAGCUUUCUUUAACAAUGGCGAUUGGUCUCUCCCAUUCCACCGCAAGAUCCCUGGUAUCCUGGAGAAAAUCCCUGUCCUUGUCUACGCUGGUGAUGCAGACUAUAUUUGCAACUGGGUCGGAAACAAGAUGUGGGUCGAUGCUCUGGAUUGGCCUGGCAAGGCCGAGUUCUCUCGAAAGCCCUUGACCGAGGUGAAACUUCCAAGCACCUCCAAGGCUUACGGCCAGUUGAAGACACACCAGAACUUUGCUUUCUUGAAGAUCUUCCAGGCCGGCCACUUGGUUCCAUACGAUCAACCCGAGGCAUCCCUGGAGUUCUUCAACAAAUGGCUCGCUGGAAACCUGAAGGAGUAG